UUUCAAAGUUAUUUCUAUAAUUGAAGCCUUCGGCCACAACCGUUCCGAAAACUGGAUUUGUUUUGGGCAAAGCGAUCGCAACCAGCCACUGAGCCGGUUCGUUCACAGAAAACGAUGUCACGGCCAUCGACAACGAGGCCAACACUGACACCUCAAUUCUGCUUUAACCAGCGUGCGUUAAGAGACUUCCUCCGAAUUUCACGAUCAACAAUUGACGACUCCAUUACCCAAAACCUGAAUGCUCUCGUAACACCGGCGCGCAAAGGGUUUGACCCGGCUUCCACUACCGCCCGACAGACGGAUUUCGCCAACAAGACCCAGAUCGACCCGGAGAACUGCGAGAUAUUCAAAAACAAAGUACUGUUUCCCUCUUGGCAAGUACGUUCAGACGUGUUGAAUUAUUGCGCCGGUGUUGCUACCAGCCCAGACCCCGAAGAUCCCGACCUUGUGCUACGACAGGUUGAGUCAGCUAAAGAUAGAGAAAGACUCGUGGAUGAGCGGCUGGAUCCGUAUUCGGCGAGAUUCUUCCCCAGAGAGGCGCGGACAGAGUCGUUGGCCAUGCUAAUACGAAAUGAGCGAGGAGUGGAGACCAUCAUACGUUCUCGGACCUGGGGAAUGGUUACUGAACGAUGUGGCAAUUCCUUUGAAGGGUGGGAAGAUGCACUAAAUCGAUGGCGAGAACAACAGGAUCAGGGCAAAUGAGCCUAAUCUAAUAGGGUAAUGCUGCUGGGGGGGGGUGCUGGGGGCAUGAGUAUCUCUGGAUGGGUCGAUUUUGAGCGGGGAAAUCAUUGCAGAUGUGCCCCUCCUCCAGUGCACUUGGUCUCCUCUCCGUCCAUCAAAAUGAUUUCUGCAUGAUGUGUUUCCUGCUGUGGGGUAUGCGAGAAUCCGCAGGUCAUGCACUCCAUUUUGUACGCCCUCAAGGCUUGCAGCUCUCCCAUAACGGGAGCAGGAGCAGAUCCCGAAAUUCCCAUGACUGUAAGAUAAGAGCACUGUAUAUACUUUGUUUCCAUCUCACUGAAAAGCAUGCAAUCAAGAUAUAAGUAAUUGACUCUCUA